AUGACAGAAGAAGCUAAACAAACUGUCAUAUCAGUUGAUGAAUUACAAAACUAUGGCAUAAACGUAUCAGAUAUACAGAAAUUAAAGUCAGGUGGCAUCUUCACGAUUAAUACCGUUCUUUCCACAACCAGACGCCAUCUGUGCAAAAUUAAAGGUCUUUCAGAAGUAAAGGUAGAGAAGAUCAAGGAAUCCGCAAGUAAAAUUAUAACUAUUGGAUUUAUACCGGCUACUCUACAGAUGGAUAUUAGAAAAAAAAUAUUUUCUUUAUCAACUGGGUCUAAAAAUUUGGAUUCAAUACUAGGUGGUGGCAUUAUGACCAUGAGUAUAACUGAAGUGUUUGGUGAGUUUAGAUGUGGUAAGACACAGAUGUCGCAUACCUUAUGUGUUACAACACAAUUACCCAAAGAGAUGGGUGGCGGUGAAGGGAAAGUGGCUUAUAUUGACACAGAAGGUACUUUUAGACCAGAAAGAAUAAAACAGAUUGCUGAAAAAUAUGAUUUGGAUCCAGAAACCUGUUUAGAAAACGUGACUUAUGCAAGAGCACUUAACAGCGAACAUCAAAUGGAAUUAGUCGAGCAAUUAGGUAGUGAAUUGAGUUCUGGUGAUUAUAGAUUAAUAAUAGUUGAUUCAAUAAUGGCCAAUUUUAGAGUAGAUUAUUGUGGUAGAGGUGAAUUAAAUGAAAGACAACAAAAAUUAAAUCAGCAUUUAUCAAAACUGAAUCGUCUUGCAGAAGAAUUUAAUGUUGCUGUUUUUAUGACAAAUCAAGUCCAAUCUGAUCCUGGUGCUUCUGCACUUUUUGCAUCUGCCGAUGGUAGAAAACCGGUCGGUGGUCAUGUUCUGGCACAUGCAUCAGCCACGAGAAUCUUAUUGAGAAAGGGUCGUGGUGAUGAACGAGUAGCUAAAUUACAAGAUUCUCCAGAUAUGCCUGAGAAGGAAUGUGUUUAUAUUAUCACCCAAAGUGGUAUCUCUGAUUCUACAGAUUAA